AACAAAGGAAGAUCAAGAUUCAGCGGCUGUCUCAGAGAAAAGGGAAGUGGAAAGUGUCUUGGGGAUGGAUAAAUUUAAGGCUGCGCUUGUGCUAGCUGGGGUAGGGGAUGCUCUCGGUUAUCGCAAUUUCUCCCGAGAAAACAAUGCCUUAGGUGCAAAAAUCCAGCAGGAGCUGAAGGAAAUUGGAGGGCUUGAGAACCUGGUGCUCUCCCCCGACAAGUGGCCUGUAAGUGACAACACGCUCAUGCACAUGGCUACAGCAGAGGCUGUCAUCACAGAUUACUGGUGUUUAGAAGACCUGUACAGGGAGCUGGUAAAACGCUACGUGGAUGCUGUCGACAAGCUCUCAGGGAGGCGGCCAGACCCCGCUACCAUUGAAGGCUGCAGGGAAUUAAAACCAGACAACUACCUUCUUGCGUGGCACACACCAUUCAAUGAAAAGGGUUCUGGCUUUGGAGCAUCCACAAAAGCCAUGUGUUUAGGGAUGCGAUACUGGAAGCCGGAAAGACUGGAGUCACUUAUUGAAGUGAGCAUUGAGUGCGGACGAAUGACUCAUAACCACCCUACAGGCUUUCUAGGGUCCCUAUGCACAGCUCUCUUUGUGGCAUACGCAAUACAAGGGAAACCCCUUGUGCAGUGGGGAAGAGAGAUGAUGAAGGUUGUGCCAAUGGCUGAAGAAUACUGCAAGAAGACCAUUCGCCACAUGGCAGAAUAUCAGGAGCACUGGUUUUACUUCGAAGCCAAGUGGCAGUUUUAUUUGGAGGAGAGAGAAAUCGGCGAGGAAAAUCAGAAUAAACCUGUCUUUCCAGACAACUAUGAUGCAGAGGAGAGAGAAAAGACGUACAGGAGGUGGAGCUCCGAAGGCCGGGGCGGGAGACGAGGCCACGACGCCCCCAUGAUCGCUUACGACGCCCUGCUGGGCUGCGGCGGAGACUGGACGGAGCUCUGCAACCGCUCCAUGUUCCACGGAGGAGAAAGCGCGGCUACUGGGUCUAUCGCCGGCUGCCUGUACGGCUUGGUUUACGGCCUGAGCAAGGUCCCCAAAGGCUUGUACCAGGACCUGGAACAAAGGGAGAGGCUGGAGUACUUGGGCGAAAAUCUUUACCGACUAUCCACGGAGGAAAACACCACAAGCAUACACUUUUGCGGAGAUGAUAAGAUGCUGGUAGACCCUUUGGUGCUGAGGAAGAAGCUCGAUAGGAUGGCAACGGAGCAAGGGGCCUUUGCUGUUCUCAGCAGCCUGCUGCUGUACGUCACUGAGCUCGCAGCCGGCGAUCCGCAGCUCAGCAGCAAGAGGACAAAAUGGGCAGAAGGUAAAGAAAACAAGGUGAGUUAUAACCAGCCAUGUCCAGAUCCAAACAGGGGCCAGCAUCCAACCAGAUUUCAGCUCUUGCGGUCCAGGUUUCUAAACAACAAUCGCGAGCCGUACACCAAGAAAAGAAGAGAAGUCGGCAAACUGGUCAUUAAAGAGAAGCUGUGGGUGAGCAAGGCUGGCAGCAAAAUGGACAGAAGCAGAGACAGGAAAGGAGAUGGAAAAGCAGCGGAGGAGGAUGCAGACACAGCGCCCAGCGAGAGGGCCAGGUGGAGCAGCGCAAGUGGGAAAAACACAGUGAAGAACAUCUUGAAGAAAUUUUUAGCUGCCGAAGAAAAAGAAGCCAAGGAGAAGUCUCCCAGCUGGAAAAAGAAGGGGCCAAACAGUGGUUUGCCAAAAAUAGUCAACAAGAGUUCGGUCCUGUCCAAACUGAAGGAGCAGUUUGAACAAAGCACUGUCUGCUCAGCUGCAGAGGUGAAAGCAUCACACUUGCGCAAAGGUGAGAAAAAGACUAAAAACUUCCCAAGCAGAAAAACUAUUCGUAAGCCAGAGGUCAGAGUACUGCGCACAGCAGCAAUGACAGCCACUGGUAUAAACAGUCCCGAGUCCCAAUAUUUAGUGUGCUCCACGGUCCCAGUGCCCAGACUCAGCAUCGCUACCGAAAUUAACCAUCCUUGGAGCUGGUCGAAAAAUAAUGCUGCAAAGCAGUCUUUUGGUCACGACACAUCACUGAAGGAAAAGGGGGGGUCCGACAGAGAGCCUGGUGAGAACAAAACACUGGAAAAUGCAGCACAGGACAGGGAGGACAAAGAAGAGCUGCCAGUGGCACCUGAGGCCAUGUCUGAUGCAAAGGACCAUGCUAAGGGUAGAAGAGAUUCCACAAAGCAAGGACCCAACUUUAAUCUUAAUCAAGACAGCUCUUCUAUUACCUGUAAAAACAAAACUCUUGCAGACUGCAUUCCUCCCUUGUCUGAACGUAGUCUAGACUGUGACGGGAAUAGCAUGCCAGCUGGGCCUGAUACAUCUUCACUAUUGGGGAUUACCAAUGCUGUGCGACAUGUUAAGGAAGACAGCCCACCUUCUAACUCACCUUACCGUAGCACAGCUGAAGGAUCCCAUGAACAAAGUCCUCAGAAUACUAAAACAGGAGAGAUUCCUGAAAUAACUAUGUACGUAUACAGUUCAGAGGAAGUUGACACAGACCUCACAGAGCCAGAAAAGGAUCCUUUAUUUCCAGGCCAAAAAUGUUUUUCAGAGCAGAAAGCACUGGAAAACAUUCUGCCAUUUCAUUCUCCAGGAGUUCAAGCAUCUUGUGAAGUUGAGCCUCCAAUGCAGGAUCGACAGCUAACUGUCCUAACACCAGCUUCUGGCAAAAGGACACCAAUAGUCCAAAAAGAGGCACCAGGUUUAAGAGGCAGAUGUUCUGAGGAAGCCAAAGAAGGAGCGAAAUAUCACAGUGAAGACAAAACAUCCUCUACUUCUAGCAAAAAUGUUAGUGAUGUCCUGACUAAAAAGGAGGAGGAGAAUAAAACACCCAACAGCCAAAUGCAAAAUGAAUCCAUAGCCAAGCAGCCACAGCCUCCUCAAAUGCCCAGCCCACAAAAUAACUUCAGUAAUUCCAAUGUGGACAUAUCAAAUCCAGAUGCAAAUCAGACCAAACCGACACUCUCCUCAAAUGAGAGCCAGGAGCGGAAGCCUGGUGCUGCAGAAGAAGAGCACAUCUCUUCUCAUUUGGAAAUGACACAAAGCCCUUUGCCAGGUGACCUUGUGAAGCACAGUUCCUAUAUUGCAGAAGAUGAUUUUGGGAAGGACAAAUUAUCUUCAUCAAAUGAAAUGACGAAUCAUGCAAACAAUCGAGCCCUGCACAGGAGUACCUUGACUGACCUGGAGACCUGUCACAAGCCAUCCAAAUCUUUCAUUGAGCAUGAAGAGGCCAUUGCAGAUGAGAUGCCCUGGCCUGACUCUGAGGUAUGGCAGUCACCCUUGUCAACUCUACCAACACCAAUGAGUGGGAUUGCAGAGCAAAGAAUCCAUCACACUCUUGGAAAUCCCCCAGCCCUUCCACCUAUUGAUCUGGUGAGACAGGGAGCUGGUGGUGUGGGGGGCAAGCAUGCCGACCAUGGCUGUGAGAAGCAUCCACCACCCUCUUCAGAAGAGAUGACAAACCAUGGGAACGAUACGAUCGUGGAGAAGAAAAUUGCAUGUGAUUUUAAGAACCAAGUGCUGUCCCCAAAUCACGCAACAGAAAAUGAAAAUUCUAUAGCUGAAGAGACAAAUACACAUCAGAGAUUUGAGAACUAUCUUUCACUUUCAACCAAGAAGCCAGUAAAACAUGAAAAUAAAACCACGCUAGCAAGAAAGCCCCUAUUACCCUUGGAGAAGAACCAAACACUAACUUCAGAUGAUGCCACAAAGCAAGGAAGUGAUAUGCUGGAAGAGAACCUGUUUCCUUCAUCAACUGAAUUGAUCUCAGAACAAAUGAAGCAUGCAAAAUGUAGAAAUAAGGUCUCCAAACAUACAAAGGAUAAGCUCUUGUCAUCAGAUGAUGACGUGAAGCAUGAGAGUGAUAGGAUGGAGGCAGAGGAGAGAGAAGAGAGCAAUGUCUUGCAUAAAUCUGAGGAGGAACAAGUAUUCACUCCAAGUGAUACAGUGGAUCAUGAUAAUAACUUUUCAAACGAGAAGAAUGCUCAUAGACCUCAAACAUCCCAAUUACCUUCAUCAGAGCAUGAUACCAACAUUCAAGGAGUGAAAAGUACUGGGCAGAGUUUGAAGCAUCUAACACCUUCAAGAGAUUUUGUGAAACAUGAACAUGAUAUGACAGUAGAUGAAAACAUCUCCUGUGAUAAUAGGAAACACCACCUGAACUCAUCAAAUGAACCAAUGAAACACGCAGAUGACAGUGCAGGGGAAAAUAACAUCAGGUCAAACUUCAAGAAUUAUUCAAUGCCACCAAGAAAUACAUCAAGGCAAGGCAAUAAGACCACUGACGAGGAGAAUACCCAUCAUAAUUUGAAAAAUGAACCAGUGCAGCAUAAAAAGAGUUGUGAAGGAGAGAGGAAUACUUCAUGUGAUCCUAAAAAUGGAAUACCAUUAUCAAAUCCAUUGAUGGACCAAGAAAAGAAAUCGUCCCCUCUAGAGACGCAGAAACAGAUGUCAUCAGGUGACUUUGUAAAGCCUGAAACUAAGUUGGCCAAAAAAAAGACUAAAUAUACCUCUGAGAAGCUCCAGUCACAUUCUUCAAACAAAGUGCUGAAGCCUCAAGAAAGAAGCUCUUCAGGAGAGAGGAAGCAAAACACACCAGCAGCGGAGGACACUGGGUCACCUGAAACAAAGGCUGUAAAAGAGGAUAAUGAGCAUGGGCGUUCUGGGAAGUACCAGCUUCCUUCAAGAAAAUCAGCAAAGCAUGAGAAAAACACUCCAGGAAGAGACAAGCAGCAAACAAGGUGUGAAGAUUUUACGACACCUGAUACGAAUGCUGCACAAGAGAAGAAUAAAUUUCCAAGUUCCAGGAAGUACCAAUCAGUAUCGUCAGAAACAUUGGCUAAGCCUCAAGAAAAAAAUACUCCAGAACAAAAGCAACAAACAUCAGAUUCUGCAGGUUUUAAGAAGCCUGGUGCUAACGCUGUAAAAGAAAAAGACAGAGAUCCAAAUUCUGAGAAGUCACCCUUUUCAAAGAAAAUGGUGAUGUCUCAAGAAAAAAAUACUUCAGGAGAUAGAAAGCAAAAGACACCAGCAGCUGAGGACAUCAGGUCACCUGAAGCAAAGGCUGUAAAAGAGGAUGAUAAACACCAGUGUUCUGGGAAACACCAGUUACCUCCUGCAAGUAAAUCAUCAAAGCCUGAGAAAAAUACUCCAGGAGGAGAAAAACAACGAACUGUAUCUGAAAGUUUUGCAAAGCCUGAUGCAAGUGCUGUAAAAGAUAAAAGCAAAGAUCCAGGUUCCGGGAUGUGCCAGUCCCCAUCUUCAAAUUUACUGAUGAAGCCUCAGGAAGAGAAUGCCACAGCCAAAAAGACACAAUCGCCACCACCACCUGAUGAAAAAGCAACGUAUAAAACUGGUAGUCCAGAAAAGAAGAGUGGACCUGAGAGAAGAGAGAAAUACCAGCUACACUCUUCAGUUCAAUCAGAGAAGCACAACAAUGAUGGCUCAGGAAAGGAAGGCCCUGUGGGCGACUUCAAGAGCUAUCAAGCUCCAUUGCCAGAUGAUGGCAUAAAUUGCAAAAGCAAUACUGUCCCAAAAGAGACCGGUUUGUCUAAUACAGAGAAGUCCCCCAAAUCAUCCUCAUUUCAUGUUGCAUCAAAAGAUGAGGAAAAUCCUGCUGGAAAUCGACAAAAACAGCCUGGGUUUAAGAAGUACCAAGCGCUCUCAUCAAAGAAUUUGGUGAGGCAUGAGAAAGAAGUUGCUGAAAGGGAGGGGAGCUGGCAGGCAGCUGGGAAAACAAGUGAGAGAAAAGCAGAACUGGAGGACUGCUCUAAAGCAGCGUCAUUCUCAAAAUACACAGUGGAAAGCUACAGUGAAAGACCCAUAGAUUCAUCUUUCAAACCAUUGAUCAUUAGAGUAACUGACACAUUUAAACAUCACAGCUAAAAAAUAUGGCUACAGCCUAGGGAAGAACUUAAAACCAAUCAUGCCACUGAUUCCCUUGAUCUUUCUUUUUUCCUUUACUCUCCAGGGCAUUAUAUUAUCAUUUUUUAAUCACAAGGACAUUGAUGUGCAUCUAUCUGAGCUGGGCUUUUUUCCUUUCUUAAACAUUAGCCUGAAGACAUGAAUUAAAUUAAUCACUGCAAGUGAAUUAGCUAAUCAUUGAAUUAAUCAUCAACUUAUAAAUUAAAUAUGAGAAGGGCUUUGAGAUCAGUGUGAAUUCAGCCCUGCUCCAGACUCUCCUUGCUAACUAAUGGGGCUUGUUUGUAACAAAGACGACUGUUCAGGGUGAACUCUAUUUGUAUUUACUUAUUCUAAUGAAACUCCACUAGUACUUCUUCCAGGAAUGGUGGUAGGCAGUGUCAGCUUUAAUUAUGUCAAAAAGCGCUUGUUCUAAGCUCUACCUUUUCACAGAUUAAUGGGAACUGUUGAUCUAUUGCUGCGUUGAGUGACGCCAUUAGCAGUAGUAGUGAGGGAAGGAGGGGAAUGCUUCAUUUAUCUGCAGAAAAAUCCUCAGAGGACGUUGAUGCUGCAAGAGGAUUUACCACAAAUGCACAUGUUCAGCCUCAUUAAUAUUAAGAUUGGAAAAACAGUGAUUUAACCUCCUCUGAAGCUAUUUGCACUUUGGCCAUACACCAUAUGCAUUAUUGUUGUAAAGAUACACCAUUUCAAGGAGUUCUUAAUUACUGAAGAUGAACAUGCAACAAGUGUAAGAGCUCAGAAAAGCUCAACACUGAAAGGCCAUGAGGACCUCUCUGGAGGACAAUGUAAGCCAGAGGGACUCAACACCUUGCCAGGGCAAUUCAGCUAUUCCUGGGACAUCUGUCCUACUCCAAAUCCUGGGGUGCACAGACAUGAGGCAGGCGCCGCAGCUCACAUUAAAAGUCUUAGGAAGUGUUCAUUUUACAACACGAUGUGAAAUGGAACGGUAAGAAGCAGCUAGUGUCACUGAAUCCUACUAACGGGAUAUGAUUGUUUGUGUUUACAGUAAUAGCGGCUUCUGUGCAAAGUUUGCAUGUGACAAACAUUGUUUUGGAGAAGUGAGGGCAGGGUUGCUGCCUUGGGUAAAGCUGUGACAGACAGAGAAGUCGUGCAACACCACUUUCCCAUACGCCAGUUUAGCUUAGCGUUGUAACCAUGCAUUCAGGUUAAAACUGGCUGUGGAGGAACCCUAAAGGCAUAUUCCAAGGACCAGCCUUCAGAAAGCUGCAGAGCUAUCCAGAAAGAGAGGGGGUUUAUGCAAGUGAGGUCCUUCUCCCCCAUGGCAGUGACUUCCCUUCAAUUUUUAAGACACUCUCCAUGGCCGUACUCUGUGCAGCCAAGGGCUGGCCAUUGUUCCAGCCCAGAUUGGCAGAGCUCCCCAACCCACUGCCAGCAAGGGAACGAGGACAAGAGCAGGCUGGCAGCAAGCUGAGGUCAAACCUGUUUGCCAGUACAAUGCACACGAGUCACGUAUGUGACAACUGGGCUGGCCCAGCCGGGGAUGCUGCCAGGAGGAAGAGGGGACAUGAAUAUUGUGUCCCCUGAUGGCUGAAGAGGGUUAAACUUUGAUUUUUUUUCUUUCACAACAUGCCAAGAAUAAAUCUUUCUGGCAUCCGGAGGCUCACAAAAUGAAAAUCACAUAUGUAUACCACGCCGGUCCUCAAAACAGAGACUAAACGGAAUUUAUUUGUGGUACAAGACUGCCCUUCUGUGCAGAGGUGUGUUUCACCCACCGCUUUUAUGAGCUGGCAACCAUAAAGGCCACUUUGUACUUAACCUAAACCAUAAUUUACUUUUUAUUGCCCGUGAUUUCAUGUCCCAUUUGAGAAAAGUCCUUACAACAUGAAGCAUUUGCACCAGACUUGAAUAGUAAAUUCUCUAUUAGCUGGCUUCUCCUGCCAGCAGAGGAGAAGACAUUUUAAUUAUUCUUUUUUGAAUCUUUUAAAAGAAAUCUACGGGGGGGGGGUUGCCCCUUUUUCACACCUGGAAAGAUCACUACACUGUCACAAAUUAAAAGACUUCUGCUGUCUGCCCCAUAUUAAGUAGGUACAACCCAAGAGAGGUAGUCAGUGAAUACCAGGAGGCCCUCAACUCUUCCAAUUUACACCUGCAACAUCCUGUUUUUCUCAACAGAGAUACAGCACUAGGAGACUAAGCAUCCUUCCUUCAGGACAAGUCAGGCAGCAUCAUCUUGUGGGGGUUAACUUUUAGGUUGCUACAUGCCUUAAGCUCUGUCGGUAAAACAUAAAUCAUCCAUCCAAGUCAAUUGACCAUUCCUCCCUAAAGUGCACUUAAAACGUGGCAGAGAUUUGCACUAAAUGCAUCCUUUAGGGUAAUGCCUCACUUGAGCAAAACACCGAGUUUUGUUUCAGGAACUGACACAAUUAAUUCUCCAGGAAAGGAGGGAGUGAGACCAUUUGAAUUCCAGUGGCAAUGGCAGGAAGAGCAGUAGAAGACUGGUGUGUCUUGCAGUCAACAGCCAAAAACAAGCUGCUCCAGACCAUGCUGGCAGGAAAAUUAGCACUGCUGAUAAGCAAAGAAAUGCCAGAAAUGGGAAUUUCAGAAAGAACAGGAGAUCAAGGAAGGGUACACAGAUCUAUGUCAGCUGUGUCAGAAGGUGUGCAAAUGGCCAGGCUCAAACCCUUGCCCGAGGGAGACACACAAUGGAAAAUAAAGUUCCGUUCCCAGUCUCCAGGAGUCCUUCCUGGCCCCCUUAACCCCAGGAGGGGGUGCCUGUGCUUCUGCUCUACUUUAAGCACAUUUCCCACCCUGUCACAGGAGAGGCAGUGACGGAAGCCCUCCCGAGCUGCUAUUUCACUUGUCUGACCUAGUAACAUAUUUUUGAUGCUUCUGCCAGUACAUCUUUUGGCUUACAUAGUUUUGCAUGAUGGGUGUAAUUCUGUACAGUUCUGUUCCUCCAGCACACUAUAGCCCUCUGCUUUACUAAAACACAUCUUUCAAGACAAGCAUCUCUCAAGGUCACUGAAGGCAUUAGGUCCUUAGCCCGCACUAAAUGUAGCAGGAAUUUUUUUUUGCCGGUUUUAGUAAUGCUUCCUUAAAGCCCUGGCUUAGCUGUAGAUACAGACAAUCAAAACCAGGCCAGGCACAGGGAAAAUAAAGAAAAAAAAAAGCCCAGGUAUAAAAAGGUUUUUCAAGAUUACCCCUCUGUGGUGACAUAGUUUGAAAUUUCAGAUUCUUACAGAAUUAGCCUCUCAUAGAGAGAGAUGUUUUUAAGGGGACUGGGCAAAAUGAAUGAUAAUGUCAUUUCCCCGGGUGUAGCCCAUUGCUUUGGAUUCUCCAAAGUAUAGCUUUCCAGGGGUUUUUGAAAGCCUGAAUAAAGGAGGUGUUUAAGGGGAGUCCCAACUCCAAGGUGUAACUGGGGCACCUGAAGGGUCCCAGCUGAAGACGCAUGUCCG